AACAAACAAAAGAUGAAAAUGACGAUCCCACUUAUGAGCUGUUCGCGGGGAGUACAAAGCUCACAGGGCUCCCUAUCAGCUGUGAGGUCCCAAGCUAUAAACAAAGCUCACCAGAGAGAGGCACAGCUGACAGCUGCGGUCACCUUCCACUCCAGAGAUGAUAAAGAAGAUCAGCUUCACGGUGGCUCUGGGGCUGGCAUCCCUGGGGGCUUUGUCAGGGCAGAAGCUGCUUUGCCAGGAAGAUGGAAAUGUCACAGAGGGAAAGAAACGCGCUGAGGAGGAGAGAGCCACAAAGAAAACAAAACCCCGGCCUGGACCGACCCCUGGGCAGCAAAGACGGGCAGCAAGCAGCAAGUGCAUCCUGACCGGCUUGUGGAAGAACGAGCUGGGCUCCAAGAUGCAGAUACAGGAAGUGAACAGUGAUGGCACCUUCUCUGGCGAGUACCGCACGGCCGUGUCGCUCGCGCAGAGACCCAUCCAACGCGCGCCCCUCAACGGGUCCCAGCACUUCGACGAGGCGGGGCAGCCGACAUUUGGCUUUACCGUCAACUGGAAAAGCUUCUCAGACUCAACCACCGUCUUCACGGGCCAGUGCUUUGUGGAUGAGAAUGGGAAGGAGAUUCUGGAAACCAUGUGGCUGCUGCGAGAGAAGGCCGAAGCCAACGAUGACUGGGGGGCGACCAGGGUCGGCAAAGACGUUUUCACCCGGAUCAAGGGGCAGAACGUGGAUGAAUCUGUGAGGAGCGACGGUGCCCUGUGACCCAGCAGCACCGUGACCCUACUCUGCAGCCCCAGAGCUCCUGGCCCCCCCCACCUGGAAUUGUUCUGGGCUCUCUCGAGGGCGUCUCGCCCGGUGUCAGGGCUGUUUGCUGGGCUGCAGAGGUGCCGUCUC